CGUGGGCGGUGACGUAACGGUAGCCGGGUUUCUGUGGGAAGAGGACGGACAUUUCCUCGGUUUACUCCCGUUACCGUCCGCUGUCACUGUCCGCCCGCUUUGCCGGUUUUCUCCGGGCCGCAGCCAUGGUUUAUCACUCCCUGGCGUUGCCGAUGGUCUGUUUCACGACGUUGUGGGGUCUAGUGGGUAUCGUCGCUCCCUUUUUCGUGCCCAAGGGACCUAACCGAGGAGUUGUCAUCACGAUGUUGAUAUUGACAGCCGUCUGUUGCUACUUGUUCUGGUUGGUAGCAAUUCUGGCCCAGACUAACCCCCUGUUUGGACCUCAGCUGAAGAAUGAAACCAUCUGGUAUCUGCGGUAUUACUGGGAGUGAAAGUCUCAUCAUGUCUAAUUCCAGCCUGAGGCCAUCCCUUUCCAUUGCUCUUCCCAGGACGAUGUCUGAACUCCAGUCUCCUUCCCACAGUCCCUUAUCAAAAAACGCCCAGUAAGAAUACAUGAGGCACAACACUUCCUGUUUACAAUGCGCACGAGGGCAGUGACCCUGUCUUUUUCAUGAUAUUGAAAAUUAUGGCAUUUUCCUGCACUGAAAAAUAGAGGUGUCGACUUAGACAGCUUGAGUAAACACUGUCUAAUGCAUCAUUUAUAGGCAGACACUGUCGCCAAGUUCUUGUUAAUCACUGCAAUUUUCAUACGACAACAUUACUGGAAUAUUAACCUACAGCUGGAAUGGAAAGGGUUGCCCAUGGAGGACUGUAAAUAUUAUCUCAAAACUGAAAGUGCUGAAGUUGUUUAUGUGAGACGUCUAAUCCCAUUCAUACGCAGUUGAGUCACGUGCUUUUCCCUUGUGUGUGCAGUGUGUGGGUUGACUGUAGAAGUUUUUUUUUUUUUUUUUGGUGAUUUGAUUUAUUUAUUUAUUUAUUUAUUUGUGUUCUCUAAUGUAUAUCGGAUAGCAAUGUUGUGGACGUGAAAGCUAUACUGUGAUCUGUUUGUGUCAGUCGUGUGCGCAGUCAAGAGGAUUCAGUGCCGGUCAUAGAAUCUAUAAGAGGACAAUAAGGCCUACUUCACAAAGCCAUCUCUGUGUUUCCACUGCAAGACGCUUAUCUCCCAUUUCCCUGAAGGGUACUUAACCAAAACCCGUUUCCAUGGUGAACCCAACAGUCACUUAAAGCUGCGCAGUCCUUACUGUCAUCCAAACACGUCGUUGUAAACAGUGUUUAGCGUGUUUGACUACAGUGUUGCUGGAAAGGCUAACCACCAGAGACGCUUUCCAUCUUUGUUUGCAUGCUAUUACUAGGGCUAGAGGCAUAUACAGUAGUAUACUGACUAGAGUGUGUGUGUGUGUGUGUGAGAGAGAGAGAGAGAGAGAGAGACUGGCUAGUUGCUUUAUUGAACUGUAAACGCAGUGAUGUCAUCAGUGCUUAUGGGCUAAAAUGAUCAGUGAUUGCUAUUUCUUUAUGUUUUUUUAUUUAAUGCCUUUGUCCAGAACUGCAUGUACUUUCAGCGUUCAGGCUAUUUCACCAAAGGUACAUCAGCAGUUCCUCUCCCAAGACUUGAACCUUUACUGUUCACAGUCUAAGGCACUUGUCACCUGUGUCCCAUCUUAUGGCUUACAGUGCCGGCUGUGUUCACCGUGUACCUUCCCCUGACAUGGAGAAAUUUUGGCACGUGUAUAACGGAGCACGGGCGGUGGCUUUAGGGGCCGACGUGCAUGCUCGAUAACUAGAUGUUUCCGUCAUUUCCCUGUCCUUCUGAAACCAUUGAAUAAAGCUCGGGACGCGUAGAAAG